AUGAAACUGGAAAUCAAACCACCACAACCACACGUACUCACUCGCAUGGCUGCAGCCAUUGCCGUCGUCUACCUCUCCCUACUGCUGCUGCUGCUGCAUGGCGCGGCGCCGGCAGUUCUUGGCUACACGCGAGGGGAUUUCCCGGAGGAUUUCGUCUUCGGAUCCGCCACCUCGUCGUACCAGUAUGAGGGUGGUUUUGAUGAGGAUGGUAGGAGCCCAAGCAACUGGGACAUCUUCACUCAUCAAGGGAAAAUGCCGGGCAGAAGCACAGCUGAUGUCGCCGCCGACGGGUACCACAAGUACAAAGAUGAUUUGAAGCUGAUGGUUGACACCAACCUAGAGGCUUAUAGAUUAUCCAUCUCCUGGUCGAGGAUUAUUCCAAAUGGGAGGGGUGAUGUCAAUCCAAAAGGGCUACAAUACUACAAUGACAUCAUAGAUGGGCUAGUGAAAAAUGGGAUUCAAGUCCAUAUCAUGCUUUAUCAGUUGGACCUACCUCAGGUUCUGGAAGACGAGUACGAUGGAUGGUUGAGUCCGAGAAUUUUGGAGGAUUUCAAAGCAUAUGCAGAUGUGUGCUUCAAGGAGUUUGGAGACAGGGUUGCACACUGGAUUACAAUUGAUGAACCUAAUGUUGCUUCAAUUGGGUCUUAUGAUUCCGGACAAUUGGCCCCUGGGCGUUGCUCUGAUCCUUUUGGAAUAAGAAAAUGUACAGUAGGGAACUCAUCUGUGGAGCCAUAUAUAGCAGUUCAUAACAUGUUACUGGCACAUGCAUCAGUCACAAAACUGUACAGAGAAAAAUACCAAGUCGCAGGAAAAGGAAUUAUCGGCAUAAGUGUUUACACAUUUUGGGCUUAUCCAUUAACAAAUUCUACUGUCGAUUUAGAAGCAACAAAAAGAUGUCAGGACUUUAUUGUCCACUGGGUACUAAGACCCUUGGUAUUCGGUGAUUACCCACAAGUAAUGAAGAACAUUGUCGGUUCUCGCCUUCCAUCCUUCACAAAAGCCCAAUCUGAAGAUGUCAAGGGUUCUCUAGAUUUCAUUGGAAUGAAUCACUACUACUCUCUCUAUGUGAAUGAUCGUCCUUUGGGUAAGGGCACACGCGACUUUGUAGCGGAUAUAUCAAUUUACUACAGAGGUUCCAAGACAGAUCCACCACCUGGUAAGGCCGCUCCAACAUCUAUUGGACCUGACCCACAAGGAUUGAGAUUGAUGGUGCAGUACCUACAAGAAACCUAUGGGAACCUUCCCAUUUAUAUCCUCGAGAAUGGUUAUGGAUCAAGCAAUGACACUGUCCAUGACAAUGACAGGGUUGAUUACCUGAAGAGCUAUAUAGGGAGUAUCCUGACUGCACUAAGGAAUGGCGCCAACGUGAAAGGCUACUUCGUGUGGUCAUUCGUGGACGUGUUCGAGUACCUGACGGGGUACGGCCAAUCGUACGGCCUCUACCGCGUCGACUUCGCCGACGAGUCGCGGCCGCGGCAGGCGAGGCUCUCCGCUCGCUGGUACUCCGGCUUCCUCAAGAACAGGGAGAUGGAUGUUGAUCAGAGUGAGCUCGCCAUGGCAGCAGCAGAGUCACGAGCUCAGCAAUGAGUUGCAUACACCUGAUUUGGCAGUAACAUUAUAGCAAGAGUUAAAAUUCUUGAAAGACAUUGUAGCAAGAGUUAAGCAGAGAGGAAGUCACCUGGUCUGGCUCUCUGUCACACAUAUAUUUACUCAGGACUUGCUCCUGCACACGAAAUACAGAUUAUGUGGUAUAAAACAAUGUCAUCAAAUAUUAUGAGAUUUUUUUCGUAACCAUCGUUUGGUAUC